AUGUCUUUCGUUGGCAAGAAGUACAAGCUGGACAAGUCCGAGAACUUCGAUGAGUACAUGAAGGAGUUGGGCGUUGGUCUGGUGACGCGCAAGAUGGGCAACAGCCUGAGCCCCACUGUGGAGGUGACCUUGGAGGGUGAUACCUACACCCUGACCACCACCUCCACCUUCAAGACGUCGGCCAUCAGCUUCAAGCUGGGCGAUGAGUUCGACGAGGAGACCCUGGACGGACGCAAAGUCAAGAGCAUCAUCACCCUGGAUGGCAACAAGCUGACGCAGGAACAGAAGGGCGACAAGCCCACCACCAUCGUCCGCGAGUUCAACGACGAUGAGCUGAUCACCACCCUCACCAUCGGAGCCGUGAAGUGCGUGCGCGUCUACAAGGCCGUCUAAGAGAUCGGCAGCUGUCCACGACUGAUCUAUAACUAUAACCAAACGACUACAUGCAUUGCAACUAACUCAGAUAGCCACUAUUGUUAUUGACUAACAGUGAACUAAACUAAACCAAAAGGAACUGCACGCUCAGCAUUAUGUUAAUUUAUAAUCGCACCCGUACACCCGCAUUCGGUGUAGGUGAGAUAGAGAUUACCCCUCUCUCUAGGGGGACCAAUUUCCAAACGCAUUUGAAUAAACUACAACACUGAAGUGCUUUAAAA